AGCUCCCUUCCAUUGACUUGAGAUUUAGGUCGACAAAGUUAUCUCAUUCUUAUUUUGCUAAAUUAAUGUAAUAUUUUUAGAUCUUAGUGUUUUUAGUUGUACAUAAUUUAUAUAUUUUCUUAAGUUUUUCGACCAAACACUGUUCCGUGAUUCAGACUUGAUAUCAGUUCUAAAGCUGGCUAUCAACUUAGCUUUCAAAUGUAAUCACCAUUCCAGGUUAUUGUUAUUGCCUUAUCCUCCGGGUCUUUUUCAAUGUGUUAGCAAACUGUUAAUUAUUAUUUGAUUGCUUAUCUCUCAUUUUGAAAUUAUGUUGUUGUUUGAUCAAUAUGAUGAAGAAUCAUCUUCUUCAUUCACUAGACAAUAUGGACAACCAUCAAUCAGGCCAAAGAUUAUUGGAGUGUACGAAGAUGAAGAAGGGAAACCUCCGAUAUUCAAGAGACAUAAGAUAAACUUCGCACCUGAAGAUGUCAUCACACAUUUAGCUGUCAGUAACAACCAGAUGAUUUUGGCGAUGAGAAACAAGAAGCUACUCAGAAUUGAUUUAAUGAAUCCAGAUCAGCCCAUAGAAAUCGAAUUGGCUCAAUUUCUUGGGGAUAAAUCUCAAAUGGCUAAACUGCAUCAAGUCUAUUUGUCGCCUAGUGGGAAACAUUCUCUGCUCAGUUUUGCUGCAGAUUUGAAAAAUUUAGUUCCAUUUGAUAAUCUUUAUUUAUCAAAGAAGAUUCAUCAAGCAAGUAAAUUAAAAGGAUAUUUAAUCACAGCAAUAGGAUGGAAUUUUGCCCACGAAAAGGACAGUACCACUAGCAAUAUUCUCAUUGGAACCAGUAAAGGUUUAGUGUUUGAAACUGAACUUGCCCCAGAUGAGACAAAAUGGUUGAUGAACACCAGUCUGGAGAGAUAUUUUAAUCAAGUUUUUGACGCCGGCACUGAGUCUGGUCCUAUCACUGGUAUACAAUUCCAUCGCAUUUCUGGUAGCGAUUCAACAUGCUUAAUUCUUAUUACAACUGCCAAUCGUUUAUAUCAAUUUAUUGGAAAAACUGGCUCUAAUUCUGAUGGACCUAACUUAGUCAAUAUAUUUAGCACAAGUGCCGGCCAAUGUCGAGAUAUGCCUGGAAAUCUAGGUUUUAGUAAACUAGAUUUUUAUUUCAACUCCGCUUUGACCCCUGAAACUUUUGGAUGGCUUACGGAGCCUGGAAUUACAUAUGGAAAAAUUUCCUACGAACCUCCGAUGUCUUUAAACACAGUAUUUAAAGAUUCCUUUGUUUUGCCUUACGCUGACGAUAAUCACCAUCCAAAUGAUUCCGUAUCCGCAAACAAAGAAAAACCAUUAGGAAUUAUUUUAACUAAAUUUCAUAUUCUAGUAUUAUUCAAAAAUCUCUUGAGAGUUAUUUGUGUUCUUUCUCAAGAAAUUGUCUUGGAAGAUAAAUUUACUGAAGCAUGUGGCUCGGUUAUCGGGAUUGCGAAGGAUUUAGUCAGAGGAACUAUUUGGGUUCAUUUUGAGCUAGCAGUUUAUCGUUACAAGAUAACUGAAGAAGAUCGAUUCAUCUGGAAAAUUUAUUUAGCUAAAAAGGAUUUCAAAAAUGCUAAAAUAUUUGCAAACAAAGACCCGAUCAAAAUGGAUGAAGUUAUCUGUGAAGAAGCUCAAUACUUUUUAGACAGAAAAGACUACAACAAAUCAGCUGAACUAUACGCUCAGAGUGGUAAGAGUUUUGACGAAGUUGCAUUGAAAUUUAUGCAACUUAAAGAUCAAGAAGCUCUUAAAAAAUUUCUCAAAUGUAAACUUAAUGUUUUGCCAUCAAGCAAUCAAUCGCAAAUUGAUCUCAUCACCGUUUGGUUAAUUGAACUCAUCAUGAGUCAGAUUGGUGAACUUAAAAUCUCAAAAUACUCUAAAUCAUUGGAAGAAAAUAUCGACGAAAACUCUGAAGAAAUCCUUACCAAAUUAGCGUUUGAGUUCAAGGAGUUACUCAGCAUAACAAAAAUAAAGGAUUGUAUUACAAAGAAGAAGAACAUUAUUUAUGAAAUUAUAUUGAGUCAAGGUGAUGAGGCAUGUUUACUCUUGUUCGCUUCAUCAGUCCAAGACUACAAAUUUGCCAUCAGUUAUUUUAUUGAAAAAGGUGAUUAUAACCAGUGCUUGAAAAUUUUAGCUGAACAGAAAAGCGUCGAUUUAAUAUAUCGUUAUGGUCCUCUACUAAUGCGCCAUGUUCCUGCCGAGUUAGUGAAAAUCUUAAAAAGUCGUUGCCUGUCUCUUGAUUCUGUCAAAUUGUUGCCCACUUUAAUUCAAAACUCUGACCAAAAAGGCUUCAAGGCUCAACAGUGCCAAGAAAUAAUCAGCUACCUUGAACAUUGUGUUACGAUGGGAAUUACAGAGCAAGUUAUUCAUAAUUAUCUCAUUGCGCUUUAUGCGGAACUUGAUCCAAAUAAGCUUCUAUCCUAUUUAGAAUCUAAGAAUUAUGCCAAUAGGAUUGAUUAUGAUCUGAAAUAUGCUCUGAGAAUUUGUUCAGAAAAAGAUUUAAAGAACGCAUCAGUUAUUUUAUACACAACAAUGGGAGCUUAUGAAGAAGCUGUUGACAUGGCUUUGUUAGUUGAUAUGGAUUUAGCCAAAAAAACUGCCGAUAUUCCUCAAAUGGACGACGAUCUGAGAAGACAAUUGUGGCUCAAAAUUGCUCGCCAUGUAGUUGAAGAGAAAGGAGAUAUUCAACAAGUUAGCCACUUAUUAGCUGAUUGCAAUCUACUCAAGAUUGAAGACAUUUUACCCUUUUUCCCGGAUUUUGUUACCAUAAGUCACUUCAAAGAUGCUAUAUGCUCAUCUCUCAAAGGUUACUGUCAAAAUAUUGAAGCUCUUAAAGAUGAAAUGAAGGAAACUACAGAAAGCUCGGAUCAAAUCAAAAAAGAAAUUCAAAAGUUAAGAAAUCGUUUUAUUGUUGUUCGCACAGAUGAUAAAUGUUCAAUCUGUGGCCACUCAAUCCUAAGUCAAUCAUUCCAUGCUUUCCCAUGUCGUCAUUAUUUUCAUAAAGUUUGUCUCAAUGUUGAGAUUAAAAGUUACUUAAGUCCAUCUUUGAAAGAAAGGUUAAUCAAAGUGUCUAAAGGAGAAAAAUUGACCAGCCAAUUGCUUGACAAAACAUUAACUGAUAAGGAAAUCAAAUCUAUCAAAGACAAUGAUGAUCUGGAUGAAAUCAUGCAAUCUCAAUGUCUCUAUUGUGGAGAUUUAAUGAUAGAAAGUAUAAAUGAACCAUUAAUCUCUCCAGAUGAAAAUAACAUGGCUUCAAUUGGAUGGUAAACUGAAAUACUUAUCACCGAGUAUUAUGAUUAUAACGAAAUUGCUGUUAUAGAAAUUUAUCAAUUUUUAAUUUUACAUUCCUCUCACAAACUUGUUGCCCUGUAAGUAAAAUCUGUAUAAUGAACAAGAUGAAUACAAUUUCAUUUGAAGAAAAACAUUUAUUUAUAACAAAAUCCAGAUAUUAACUAAUUAAAAUCCAAGUAAAUGUUGA